CUGCGGCGAAACCGUAAACAGCCUGACGUCACCGUGUAGGUGAACCAGGAAGUCAGGUGUUUGUUCGUCGUCCGCUCGCUCUUUUUCUCCUCUCAGGUACAGAAGGAGGCGCGCGACGUGUCCAAACAUGGGUGUGGAAUGCGAGCGGGUGGACGAACUUUGGAGUGUCCCUCUUUUUUAGCAGGAGGAGUUCUUAAAACCAACCUGACGAAUUCAGUCAGAACAGACUUGUAUCCAACAAAAACACACCUGAAGAGAAGUGCACGAGACUGUGGAAAGACACCAGUUAUUCCAUCAUGGAAACUCGAAGAGAAGCAGAAAACCCCCCUAAUAAUAAUAAUGGCCAGCUGAUUUCUGUGCCUCACAAAGACACGAUCCGUCUGCUGGAGGUCUAUGUCAAACGAAGCCUCAGCCUAAACGAAGGUUCCUCCAACUUUAAACGCACCGGAAAGAAAGAGAAAUGGGUGACGAUGCCCAAAAGGCACAGACGGCACUCGAGUGACCCGUCCAUUCACUUGACAGAAGGAUUAAACGUUGAGGAAAUUGGUCCAUUUUCUGUGAUUGAACCUCAUCCAGAGCAGCCCUUAAACAUCCCUGAAGAGAAAGAGAAGGAGCAGGAGAAGGCGCAGGAGAAAGAGAAGGAGAAAGAGAAGGAGAAAGCAAAAAAAAAGAGAAAGAAGAAAAAGAAGCCCUCAUUGUGGAAAAGUUUUUUAAGUUUGUUCUCUCAGAAGGAUAGCGAUGACAAAGAUGAUGAGCAGGACAGUCCUUCAGAUACACCUGAGGCCUGUCAGGAGGAGGAGGCCUUCGACCCUCCUGCCCAGUGUCUGCCCAUGCCUCCAGCCUCUGCACCCAAGACCAGGUCUAUGAGAAGGAAAUCCAUUAGAAGACGGCUCUCCAAAAGGGGACUGUCUUUUAUAAAACAGUCUAAGCCUGGUAGAGACUUUAACUCAGCUGACAUCACUGGAGUUGAAGCUGUGGUGAGUGUUGAACCAACGUACUCAUACUACGAAAAAGUGACAGAGGAACUGGAAAAAAUUGUGCAUGAGGUCAAAGAAAAAGAGGAAGUUAAACCUCUCUCAGAUGAGGAAGUAAUCAACAGGAUCAUUGCUUUGACGAAGGAGGAGGGUGAUGCCAUCGACGGCAAGUUAAAGGAUAAUCCCACCUUGAGUAACUUCUUCCAGCAGAUGACAUAUUCAUCCUUCCAGAAGUUGGCUGAUGCCUAUUUGGAGAAAGAGGCAGCACCGAUCCAGAAUCCUCCCACGGUCCUACCAACAGCCCCUGAGCUGGUCAAACUGGCCUUUACUCUGGACUUCACUGCCAGAAUAGCUGGUCUCUCUAGGCAGAACAUAGGUCACAUUACUGGACUGGGGAACCGGUAUCUACAGGACAGAUUUGAAUACAAACAGGCAUGUACUGAUCAUCCAUGGUCUGACAGUGAUGACUGAAGUGCAGCCAAGCAAAAUGAAACGACUCCUGCAAGUGAAAACUUCACUCAACUCAAGGAUGUGUCGCAAGUUGUCAAGUUCCGCCUUGAAGACGAUUUUUAAAAGGCAGCCUUGCACAAUUUCUUCAGUGGUCAACCUGCUGCAGAAUGUUCUCAGUUUCAUUUAUUAUUUACUACUAAAGAAUACUUAUGUGUUAUGUGUGAUUGUGCUGCUGCACCAGUCAGAUGGCUUUGAUUGAGUGGAAUUUUUAUAAUGGUUUUAUAAUGGAAGGUUUUAGAACUCUUAGUGUUUAGUGUUGAUGCAGAAUCACACAUUCUGCAGCUGGUUCUGCCAUGAAAAAUGUGAUCGUCUUUUUCAAAUCCAUUGUCAUUGGAAACACAAUAACUUAUAAUAACACAAAGGGUAAUGCAAUAAUAAUAAGCUAGAUACCUAUGUGCAAUGUUUUUUGUUUUUGUUACUUUUCUAGCAUUUAGAAAUAAGUAAAACUUUAUUUAAUGGAAGCUCAACCAAAAUGUGAUGCAAAUGAUGUUUGUUUUUGAGUGCUGGCAUUCAUAAAACAUCUUUAAAUAAAUAUAUAUUUAAUUCAGUG